CUUCUGGGCUCAUCCUCUCGUCUUGGCGGCGCAGGAUCGACAGCUUCACAGCCACCGAAUCUUGCGUAUGUGUUGAAUCCUGACGAGCAUGCUUAUCGAGAACCGAAAACGAUACGUUAUGUAUGGAACAUAACGUCGGAUUUACGGACUCCUGAUGGAGUCACGAAAAAUGUUUAUUUGAUCAAUGGGCACUACCCGGGUCCAUUGAUUGAAGCGCGAUCUGGGGAUGAGAUUAUGGUUGAGGUCAAGAAUGGGCUUGAUGAUGAAGGGACUGCCAUACACUGGCAUGGGCUCUCCAUGAAAGGUGUCAAUGAGAUGGAUGGAGUUGUAGGGGUGACCCAAUGCGCUAUCGCCCCCGGGCAACACUUCACAUACAAAUUUAAGAUCCAAGAUGAUCAAGCUGGUACCUUUUGGUAUCAUGCGCAUUCUGACGUACAGCGUGCUGACGGCCUUUAUGGUGCAUUCGUUGUCCACAAGCCUGCGGUCUCUGGCUCGUCCGAAAAGGCGAUAUUUGAGUACAAUGAAGAUCUAGCUCUUAUGGUCGGGGACUGGUAUCAUCGAUCUGCUCAAGAAGUCCAAGAUUAUUACACCGAAGCCACGAAUUUUGGGCUUGAGCCAGCUCCGGAUUCCAUUGUAAUUAAUGGGCAAGGAUCUUUUAAUUGCUCCAUGGAAAUUCCAGCACGACCCAUAGAAUGCAAAAGUGUGGAAAUGCAACAGUUACGGCUUAGUGGCGAGUUUACGAGGCUACGGAUCAUCAAUACGGGAGCUCUUACUGGAUUCUCACUGUCAAUUUCUGGGCAUAUCAUGACCCUGUUCCAAGUUGAUGGUGGGAAUGAAAUCGAAGCCGCACCGGAAGCGAAAGCUAUCGGUAUUCUCUACCCCGGAGAGAGGAUUGACGUGAUCGUAGAACGAAUCGGACCUGAAGAAGUGAAGGACUCAAUGUUGACCAUCACACUUGACCGAGAGAACUUGAAAUUCAAGAAUUUCGCCCUAACUCCCACUCAAAACUUUCCCAUAUCCUCGACUCUAAAGCCCAAAAAACAAACCCGUCGGUCAGAAGACGAAAUGGAUGAACUCCUCCCGUUCUUCCCCCUCGCCAACGCAUCCGGACCAACGACCACCAUACCGCGCACAGCAAACAAGACCAUCCUCCUCUACACGAAAAUCGAAAUGCUCUCCGAGUUCCACAAUAUCCCAAAAGGCUUCAUCAACCGCACGUCCUGGGAAGCACGUGCUGGCAAGCCGCCCUUACUCGCCUUAAAUCGGUCGGAUUGGGACGAGGCGUUCGUGCCAUGGAUUAGCCCGGGCAUAGGGAUGUGGGUUGACAUCGUGUUGAACAACAUGGACGAUAGAGGCCAUCCCUUCCAUCUCCACGGCAACUCCUUCUACAUCCUCGCGACCCACAAAGCCAGUCCCAGCUCCUACGACGCCUACAACCCAUUCGCAAACCCCGUCCCCGCAGGCGGGCCGCUCAACACGCUAACCCCCGUGCUGAAAGAUACGGUGUAUGUGCCAAGGAUGGGGUAUGUGGUGUUGCGGUUCCGGGGAGAUAAUGAGGGGCUGUGGUUCUUUCAUUGCCAUGUUUUGAUGCAUCAGAAUGUGGGUAUGGCGAUGGCGUUGCAGGUUGGUGGGGAUGAGGGGGGGAUUGAGGGCUAUGGUGAGAGUGCCAUGGGACUUUGUGGGGGGUGGGAGAGCGAUGACAACCCAGUGUGA